UCGCCAUCUCCUCUCUGCUCCUCCUCCGCCACGCCGUCGCAAUUGCAGCUAUGAACCUAGAACCUCCGAUGACCCCUCUAUCGAAUUUCUAAUCGAUCAGGAGCGAUAUCUUGAUCUUCCAUCGGAGUCCAAUCAACCAGGUAUUGCAAUGCUUUCUCACUUUUGCAUUUAUGUUUUUCUAGUUAAUCGAUCAAUUGGUCUUGUGUAUUGAAAUAUGGUUAUUAUGUAUCUUUAAUCACACAAGUACUACCAUUGUUGAAGUUAUUUUCUGGGCAGCAGGGUUGGGUCUGUUGGGAGGUUGGAGAGCCUUGAUAUUAAACGAAAUUAAUAGGUUAAUCAGGCGGAACUGUGCUCCAGAGAUUUUGCUAAUUACAGAACACUUGGUAGAAAAUGGUGUUAAGAAUUAAGAUGCUGGUGUAUUGGAGUAGGGAUAAUAUCUUAGUGGCCAUUAUCCUGUCAGUGAAGGAUGUAUGAUUUUGUUAAAGAUGGUAAUGAGCCUACCUUUCUUAAGUCAAUUGGAAAAUUAUGGUGAGGUGUUCAUUCACUCUUUUCCCUCAACUUACGUCUUAAAGAAAUCUAAUAGAGAUUUCGCUGUGUCAAUUUGGUGCUACGGUCAGUAGUUUGUCUAGGUAGUAAAUUGGAUUCUUCCAUGAAUAUUUCUUCGUGGAAUUAGCUAUGCUGUCAAGCAAUUGUUGAAUCUCUUAUAAAACAGGUAGGACAGAUGAAGAGGUGUGAUAGCUAUCUAGUUUGUGCUGCUAGCAUACUUUCUUUGCUAUAUCCUUCAAAAUUUGCAGGGCGGAUUUAACUAUGUGACUCCUUCCAGUUACAAGUAAGAUUCAAGAAGGUUUUAUUUCCCUUCAAGUUUAAUGGUUCUGUAAGAUGUAACAUUCUCUCUGGUUGUUCAAGCGGAAUCUAAAGAUUAUCUUUUAUCCAGAUUUAGAAGAAAAGGAAGAAGAAAAAUCACCCAACAGUUUCGGUUAUCAUGCUAUUGCCUUCUCUUAUGGAAAUACUGAUGAUUCUGCUGAUCAAAAGACUACAGAUAUUGAGAUGGAAGCCAAAGGGUAUCUCCCUCCGUUCUUUGUUCCUGGGGACAUUGUCAUGAUUUUCAGAUGCUUGGAGCAGGGAUGCAAUUCUUGUGCUCUAAGGUUGCCGUACACAGGCACCUUCUGUCCCUUUGAUGUCAUGGCAAAGGGAUGUGCAGCCUCCGGCUGAAAAAUUACAUCAGAUAAUUGCAAGAACUGCCAUUUUUGUCAGCAAACAUGGUGGCCAGUCAGAAAUCAUUCUGCGGGUGAAACAAGGGGACAACCCAACAUUUGGGUUUCUGAUGCCUGAUCAUCAUCUUCAUACGUACUUCAGAUAUCUUGUUGAGCACCCUGAGCUUUUGCAUCCUGAAAUUGAUGAAAUAUCUCAAGAUGGGGGGAAAAUGGGUACUGAGCACAACAAUUCUGGUAAUAUUGGGGGAGCUUUAUCUUUGCUCGGUUCUGUAUAUGGGUCUGGGGAGGAUGAGGACGCUGAUGAUGCUGUUAAUGCUUCUCUAUCUCAUGACGCAAAAAACAUGGAAUCUGCGGAAACUGCUGCUAAGGAUGAGUCAGGAAAAUCAAUUCCAUCUAAAAAGGAUAAGGUUCCUGCAUUGAAGAAGAACACUUCAAUCAUAGGUUCGAAACGUAAAAGUGUAAAAGGGAGUAAGAAGGAAGAUAAUUCUGGUGCUAAAGAAGAGAAAUUAAGGAAUCAUGGUAUUGGAGCCACUUCAAAACCAAUUGUAGAGCCUCCUCCUGAAUUAAAGAGAAUGGUUGAUAAGCUUGUUGAAUUUAUUACGAGAAACGGGAGACAAUUUGAGGCAACACUACUUGAACAAGAUAGUAAGCUCGAGCGAUUUCCUUUCCUGCUUUCAUCCAAUCAGUAUCAUCCCUACUACUUAAAAGCACUUGAAGCAGCUCAGGAGUCAAAAGUUAAUGGCAAGAGCUUCUAUCCUGGACAGGAGGAUCUGGGUGGACGUGGGAUUAGCAGAAAAGGUUCUUUGCCCAAAGAAAUGGGUAUUUCACACUCCACUUCUGAACUUUGUGAUGUGCCAUUUGAAUCUGAUAGGAAAGAGAAGUUCAAGAUGGUGAUUGGAAAAUCAAAGAAAGAUGCACAUGAGGCAGAAAAGGAAUCCCAAGAAUGUGGAUUCACUGUAGACGCAGCUGCUGCUGCUGCUAUCCUUCAGGCUGCCACAAAAGGAAUUAAGAGCUCUGGUUUGCGAUACAUCACUAACACUGCCUCUAAUUCCCAUAUCAAUGCUGUUAGAAAUGAGGAUGGGCAGCCUGCAAACUCAAGCAAUCUUCAGCCCUUGCUGCCGUACAGUACUGGUGAAAAGUCUGAGCAAAGUGGAAGUUGCAAACCCUCAGCUUCUCAUGAAGUUGCAGGAGGGGAUGAUUAUUCUAACUCAAACCUGACAGAAGAGCAGAAGCUGAAAGCCACAAGGCUCAAAAGGGCUAAAAUGUUUGUGGCUAUGUUGAAAAGUGGAGCACUCCCCUCUAGAACAGGAGCAUCAAGGGGAUCAUCUGCAGAACCUGUAGAACAUGGAGUGUGGAGAUCUGCUGCCGAGGGUCGUUAUGCUAGCCAAGAAAGAGAGGGCAGUGCUCCUGCAGUAGUUUACAAGUCUGCUGUCGAGUGUAACUUCAGUGAGAGGCAAAGUGAUCAACAAUCAAAAAGAAAGUAUCGCUCAGAAUCCAUUGGAAGAAAGGAUGAUGAAGAGGAUAGUGACCGAGAGGGUCACUUGUUCAGGAAGCGCAGAAUAUCCAGAAGAUCCGAGGAUGAUGAAAAUGAAAAUGCGGUGGAAAAGGAGCACAGGUACAACCAAGAAAAGGGAAGGCACCAGUCUCAUUCACCCGAAGAUAAUAAGAAUGAGGGAGAAAGUACUGCAGAGAACAAGGAUACUAAAUCACUGCAUUCAUCCCAUCGUUCAGAAGGAGAUGACAAUGAGUCUGAAGGCAUGUGUAAAGAGGGUAGAGAAGCUAAGGACAAUGGUCGUCACCCCGGAAGAAAAUACAGAUCAAGAAGCCAAAGGGAAGAUGGAGAAGUUGGAAAUGCAGUAGAGAAGGAUCGAAAGCACCGUAGGAGUAAGCACAGGUCUCACUCUUCUUCAGAGGAAAGCGACAAUGGAGAGGAAAGUGAUGGACAAGAUGCCGAGCAUAAGCACUAUAGAUCAAAAUACAACUCUCGUCGUUCACAGCGUGAUGAUAAUGCGCGUGAAGGUGCAUAUAAAGAGGAAAGAGAUAAGGAACACAAAAGGAGUCACGGAUCAAGAUCCAGAAGGCACGAGAGCAAAUAUGCAGUAGAAAAGGAGGAUAAGAAGUACAGGAGAAAGCACUCGUCUCAUCUCUCUUACGAGGAAAAUGGGGGAGAAAGUAGUGGAGAUGAAAAGGAGGAUCAUCGCUCUAAGUCUUCUCAUUCAAAGCACAAGGAUGAUGGCCAUGAAGACAUAUAUAGAGAAGAAAAGGAUCGUAAACGAUCCAGGAAGAGUAGCCAUUCUCGCCAUUCUUCUAGUGAAAGCCCCAGCCGACAUUCAUCCGAGCGGCACAAGAAGCACCGUUCUAGCCGCACUUCACAUCAUAGUGAGGACAAGCACAAGCACAGGCACAGGCACCGGAAAGACAGAGAAUCUCAUCAUCGCCACAAGCAUGAUGGCGCUUCAGAUGAUGAACAUCUGCACCGUGCUAGCUCACGCCACCCCGAAAAAGAAUCUCUUGACCUGGAGGAGGGAGAAAUCAGCUCGAAGGGUGAGUCGAAGGGGAUUGUCAGUGGUGAUGGCAAAAGAGAAGCGUCUGUCGAUGUAGCGAGUUCCGAACAGAGGGCUCCAUCUCUACCCUCUGAAACUACGGAAGUCCCUGCUGAUCUAAGGGCCAAAAUUCGGGCAAUGUUGAUGGCGACGAGGUCAUAGCUGUACAACUAUUUGGUGGAAAGUGUAGUUGAUUGUAAUCACGUAAAAGCUAUGGUGUGUUAUGUUGGAUUCUAUUUUAAAAGGUUUCUUAAAUCAUUAUGUUGUAAGAUAUUCCGUUA